GAGAUGUAGGAAUGGGGAUGGGCCCCUGAUGCAGGUUGAUCACCAAUCUCUGGCCGUCCGACAUGGACCCCCUGGUGUUGCUGACUGCUCCCACCUGGACCCCCUGGGGACUGGGGCUCAGGAAACAGAUUUUCUUUUGGUCUAGAGCUGUUGUGUUUGGUCUGUGGGCCUCCAGGGGAGGCAGGACUCUUCCCACACAGACCAACCCCACCCAAGUCCUGGCGUUCCCGCUUUCUGCUGUAUGGCAGGGAAGAAGGCGGGUCACAGAGCCUAGGGUCAUGGCCCUCGAGCGCUCAGGAAUGUCUGAGUGGUGAUCAGCGGGGAGGACCAAGGCAAAAAGAAUUGGCUGGAUCUGCAGCAGGAAGGGUGAGGGUCAGAAACCAGGAGGAACUUCCGGGUGGUAAGAGAAGCAAGAGCCUGUUCUGGGGAGGCUGUGGAAUUUCCUUUCGUGGUGUCCUUUCAGCAAAGGAGAGAUCAUUUUGGUGACGACGAUAGGAGAGGGCUCUUCCCCAGACCCAGGGAGUGAGAUCAAAAGUUCUAUUAUUGAUCUACGUCUUGGGAGGGCCUGGGAGGACAGUCAAAGCCAUGUGGGUAAAAGAGCUUUGAGAGGAAGAAAGUAGGAUCAUAGGCAGACAGAGAGCGUAUUUUUCUUUUUAAAAUAAAAUCUUUGUAGUACUCUUUGUAAAGCUCUCUUGGUAGCCUUCCCUAAGGGCUCUAAAUGGAACAGGUAAAUCAUGUGACAUCAUGUGGGACAGUGCUGGACCCAUUUUACAGAUUCUUCAGUGAGGUCAAGGGGCUGCUACUCACAGGGCUCCGUUGACGAGUACUUUUCUUUCUAGAAUAGAAGCUCUGAGGUCAGAGGCUUCUCCUCCUCUGGUCUCCAGUGCCUAGAACAUUGCCAGGCACAUGUCUCUCGACUGACUCCCAGCCCUCUUGAAAAAGGCCUGCAUGACCAGGCACGCCGGAAGGCGCCCGUCUCUAGCCUGGCCUUGUGUGUGAGGUCACCUGUGUGUUUUGGAGCAUUAGGUUGUGUUUGCUCACAGGCCUCCUCGCCCCCCAGCCCAUUUUUGGUUCUCCAGUUCUCCCCGUGGCUCUGUGUCCACCGACACGCGUACAUGUCACCGUGCAUGUCUGCUUUCUGCCAGUGAGUGUCACAUGUCCCGCAAACUUUGCGGAAAACAGGAAGCCCGUCAAUUAGAGGGCAACCCAGUGAUUCAUCAGGGGAUGACUGUCCAGCUGUUCGUCCCCAUCCUCUGCAGUGGGUCACUGUCCAGGGCAGCUUCCUCCCCUGCCUCCCCUUCUCUAGCAUGCCUGGUGGAGCAGAACAGGCUUGGACUUUGUCUUAUCACCUCUGGAGGUGGCAUGGCCAGACUUGGUUGGGGCCAAGUUUUUAUUUAUCUUCUCUGGCUUUUUUUGGGGUGGGGAGGCUGAGGAAUGUGGAGUGUUGUAAUGUUAGGAAGGGGGGUGGAGAAACGGGAGCCAGCUCUCCUGCCCUGCUUGUCCUUCUCACCUCUGUGCCGUGGAGGCUCCAAGCUCCCCUCUGCUCCCCAGUCCCCUUGCCAAGCCGGUCUCAAUAUCCCAUUGUCUCCCUGCGGCUUACUGGUCCUGGACCCGGUGGCCUGGCCGUACCUCAAGCCUUGGCUACAGUUGUGGCUUCCAGUUGUUUGAAGCAGCUGUUGUGGCCUCCUCCAAAAGUGGCUGUGGAUCAGCAACAGAUGAUACCCAAGGGGCUAUUUAUAGCAGGGUGGCCCUGGGGCCUGGAGCAGGGCCUACAGCCUGGGGAGGCUCAGCGACUCCUCGUCAGGGACCAGAGGAAUGGAGAUGGAUGAAGUGUUGGGUUUCUGCGUUCCUCUGGGUGGGGAGUUUUGGAACAGCCUGGUUUGGGACUUGAAAACCAAACACAACCCCUCCUUACCCCCCCACUGCCAGCGCAUGCCUGACUCAUGCAAACCCAGGUCCUCAGGGCCAGGAGAGCUGUGGAGACAGAGAAACUUUCUGCCCCGACAGUCCCGCUUGGCUGUUUCCUCCUCCUGCUGCCCGCCGAGGCUGAGCUGUUCAGAACUGGGCAGCAGCCCAAGCAGAGGGGACUGGGCACAGCCUGCUCACAGGCAGCUGGAUGGGGAGUCCUCCUCUUAGCGGGGCUGCCCAGACUUUGGGCUCAGCUGGGAGCUGGGCCUCCCAGCCCACCCACUCCUAUCUUGUUGGUGCUGCAGGGCCCGGGAAGGGCUGAAGGGGGUUCCUCUUCUUGAGGCCCCAGUGGCCACGCCUGAAGUCUGAGGGUGAAUCUUCUUGGUUGUCAGGACUUGGGGGGCUCCACCAGAGUCACCCCGAGUGUCCAGCCCCAUCCCCAGCCUAUCAGAAACAUGAGUGUGAACCGGACCAUGGAGGACAGCUGUGAGCUGGACCUGGUGUACGUCACGGAGAGGAUCAUCGCCGUCUCUUUCCCCAGCACAGCCAAUGAGGAGAACUUCCGGAGCAACCUCCGCGAGGUGGCCCAGAUGCUCAAAUCCAAACAUGGAGGCAACUACCUGCUUUUCAACCUCUCUGAGCGGAGACCUGACGUCACGAAGCUCCAUGCCAAGGUCCUGGAAUUUGGUUGGCCUGACCUCCACACCCCAGCCCUGGAGAAGAUCUGCAGUGUCUGCAAGGCCAUGGAUACUUGGCUCAACGCAGACCCCCACAACGUUGUUGUUCUACACAACAAGGGAAACCGAGGCAGGAUAGGUGUUGUCAUCGCGGCUUACAUGCACUACAGCAACAUUUCGGCCAGCGCUGACCAGGCCCUGGACCGGUUUGCAAUGAAGCGGUUCUAUGAGGAUAAGAUUGUGCCCAUUGGACAGCCAUCCCAGAGAAGGUACGUGCACUACUUCAGUGGCCUGCUCUCUGGCACCAUCAAAAUGAACAACAAGCCCUUGUUCCUGCACCAUGUGAUCAUGCACGGCAUCCCCAACUUCGAGUCUAAAGGAGGGUGUCGGCCAUUUCUCCGGAUCUACCAGGCCAUGCAACCUGUUUACACAUCUGGCAUCUACAACGUCCAAGGAGACAGCCAGACCAGCAUCUGCAUCACCAUUGAGCCUGGGCUGCUCUUGAAGGGAGACAUCUUGCUGAAGUGCUACCACAAGAAGUUCCGGAGCCCAGCUCGAGAUGUCAUAUUCCGUGUGCAGUUUCACACCUGUGCCAUCCAUGACCUGGGGGUUGUCUUUGGGAAGGAGGACCUUGAUGAUGCCUUCAAAGAUGAUCGAUUUCCAGAAUAUGGCAAGGUGGAAUUUGUAUUUUCCUAUGGACCAGAAAAGAUUCAAGGCAUGGAACAUCUGGAGAACGGGCCAAGCGUGUCAGUGGACUACAACACCUCCGACCCCCUCAUCCGCUGGGAUUCCUAUGACAACUUCAAUGGGCAUCGAGAUGACGGCAUGGAGGAGGUUGUGGGACACACCCAGGGGCCGCUGGACGGGAGCCUGUACGCCAAGGUGAAGAAGAAAGACUCUCUGCACGGCAGCUCAGGGGCUGUCAAUGCCACGCGUCCUGUCCUGUCAGCCACCCCCAACCACGUGGAACACACCCUCUCUGUGAGCAGUGACUCGGGCAACUCCACAGCUUCCACCAAGACAGACAAGACCGACGAGCCUGCCCCCGGCCCCUCCAGUGCUGCUGCUGCCCUGAGUCCUGAGGAGAAGCGUGAGCUGGACCGCCUGCUCAGUGGCUUCGGCUUAGAGCGAGAGAAGCCAGGCAUCAUGUACCACACCCAGCAUCUCCGGUCCCGCCCUGCGGGGGGCCCUGCUGUGUCCUCCUCUGGCCGCCACGUUGUCCCAGCCCAGGUUCACGUCAACGGUGGGGCCUUGGCUUCUGAGCGGGAGACAGACAUUCUUGACGAUGAGCUGCCCAACCAGGAUGGGCACAGCGUGGGCAGCAUGGGCACACUGUCUUCCGUGGAUGGGAUCACCAACACCAGUGAGGGGGGCUACCCAGAGGCCCUGUCCCCACUCACCAACGGUCUAGACAAGCCCUAUCCCGUGGAACCUAUGGUCAAUGGCGGGGGCUACCCCUACGAGUCUGCCAGCCGGGCAGUGCCUGCCCAUGCUGGCCACGUGGCCCCCAUGCGGCCCUCCCACUCUACACAGGAGGGUUUAACUGGCUACCAACGGGAGGGCCCCCACCCAGCCUGGCCACAGCCAGUGAACACCUCCCACUAUAGCCAUGACCCCAGCGGUAUGUUCCGCUCUCAGUCCUUCCCGGAAGCUGAGCCCCAGCUGCCCCCAGCUCCAGCCCGUGGGGGAAGCAGCCGGGAGGCUGUGCAGAGGGGCCUCAAUUCCUGGCAGCAGCAACAGCAGCAGCAGCAGCAGCCUCGCCCUCCUCCUCGCCAGCAGGAAAGAGCCCACUUGGAGAGUCUGGGGCUCAGUAGGCCUAGUCCCCAGCUGUUGGCAGAAACCCCUGUGCCUGGCCUCCCUGAGUUCCCACGGGCAGCCUCCCAGCAGGAGAUCGAGCAGUCCAUCGAAACCCUCAACAUGCUGAUGCUGGACCUGGAGCCAGCUGCGGCUGCCGCCCCCCUGCACAAAUCCCAGAGUGUCCCAGGGGCCUGGCCAGGGGCCUCCCCGCUCUCUUCCCAGCCCUUCUCCGGCUCCUCCUGCCAGUCCCAUCCGCUGACCCAGUCCAGAUCUGGCUACAUCCCCAGUGGGCAUUCCUUGGGAACCCCUGAGCCAGCUCCACAGGCCUCCCUGGAGUCCGUCCCUCCUGGCAGGCCUUACUCACCUUAUGAUUAUCAGCCAUGUCCGGCUGGGCCCAACCAGAGCUACCGUCCAAAGAGCCCAGCUUCCUCCUCCACGUCCUCUGCCUUCCUUCCAACCACUCACAGCCCUUCAGGGCCUCAGCAGCCUCCGGCAUCUCUCCCUGGCCUCACCGCUCAGCCUCAGCUCUCACCAAAGGAAGCGACUUCAGAUCCAUCCCGAACUCCGGAGGAGGAACCCUUGAACUUGGAGGGGCUAGUGGCCCACCGGGUAGCAGGGGUGCAGGCUCGGGAGAAGCAGCCUGCAGAGCCCCCGGCCCCUCUCCGGAGGCGGGCGGCCAGUGAUGGACAGUAUGAGAACCAGUCUUCAGAACCCUCAUCUCCCCGGAGCCCUGGGGUUCGCUCCCCUGUCCAGUGCGUCUCCCCAGAGCUGGCUCUCACCAUCGCUCUUAAUCCUGGAGGACGGCCCAAAGAGCCCCAUCUGCACAGCUACAAGGAGGCUUUUGAGGAGAUGGAGGGAACCUCUCCGACCAGCCCACCGCCCAGUGGGGUGCGCUCCCCUCCAGGUCUGGCCAAGACACCCCUGUCUGCUCUGGGCCUGAAACCCCACAACCCAGCGGACAUCCUGUUGCACCCCACAGGUGAGCCUCGGAGCUACGUCGAGUCGGUGGUGCGGACGGCAGUAGCUGGGCCCCGAGCUCAGGACCCUGAGCCCAAGAGCUUUAGCGCCCCAGCUGCCCAGGCCUAUGGCCAUGAGACGCCCCUGAGGAAUGGGACCCUGGGUGGCUCCUUUGUCUCCCCCAGCCCCCUCUCCACCAGCAGCCCCAUCCUCAGCGCUGACAGCACUUCAGUGGGGAGUUUCCCGUCAGGAGAGAGCAGUGACCAGGGCCCCCGGACACCCACCCAGCCUUUGCUGGAUUCCGGCUUCCGCUCCGGCAGCCUGAGCCAGCCCAGCCCUUCGGCUCAGAGAAGCUACCAGAGUUCUUCUCCUCUCCCGGCCGUGGGCAGCAGCUACAGCAGCCACGACUACUCACUGCAGCAGUUCAACUCCCCAGAAAGCCAGGCCCGGGCUCAGUUUGCUGUGCCCAGCGUCCACACGGUACCCGGGAGCCCUCAGGCACGCCAGAGGACAGUGGGCACCAAUACUCCCCCUAGCCCUGGCUUUGGUCGCCGAGCCAUCAACCCCAGCAUGGCUGCCCCUGGCAGCCCCAGUUUGAGCCACCGCCAGGUGAUGGGCCCAUCAGGAGCUGGUUUCCAUGGUAACACAGUUUCCAGCCCCCAGAGCAGUGCAGCGACCACUCCAGGAAGCCCCAGCCGGGGCCAGCACCCUGGGGCCCACCAGGCCUCAGGCCUCCAUGGCAGUGUGGUCACCACUCCAGGGAGCCCAAGCCUGGGCCGGCACCCAGGAACCCACCAGGGCAACCUGGCCCCCAGUCUCCAUGGCAACACAAUAGCCAGCCCCGGAAGCCCCAGCCUGGGCCGGCACCUGGGAGGAUCUGGAUCUGUGGUUCCCGGAAGCCCCAGCUUAGACCGGCACGUGGCCUAUGGCGGCUACUCCACCCCUGAGGACCGGAGACCCACGCUGUCCCGGCAGAGCAGUGCCUCCGGCUACCAGGCUCCCUCCACGCCCUCCUUCCCUGUGUCCUCUGCCUACUACCCUGGUCUGAGUAGCCCUGCCACCUCCCCCUCGCCGGAUUCAGCAGCCUUCCGGCAAGGGAGCCCAACACCGGCCUUGCCAGAGAAGCGGAGGAUGUCCAUGGGAGACCGGGCGGGCAGCCUCCCCAACUAUGCUACCAUCAACGGGAAGGUGUCCUCCUCGCCUGUCGCCAGCGGCAUGUCCAGUCCCAGUGGGAGCAGCACCGUCUCCUUCUCUCAUACUCUGCCUGACUUCUCCAAGUACUCCAUGCCAGACAACAGCCCUGAGACCCGGGCUAAAGUGAAAUUUGUCCAGGACACUUCCAAGUAUUGGUACAAGCCUGAGAUCUCUAGAGAGCAGGCCAUCGCACUCCUGAAGGACCAGGAACCAGGGGCCUUCAUCAUCCGUGACAGUCACUCCUUCCGAGGGGCCUAUGGGCUGGCCAUGAAGGUGUCAUCUCCCCCUCCGACCAUUAUGCAGCAGAAUAAAAAAGGGGACAUGACCCAUGAGCUGGUGAGACAUUUCCUGAUAGAGACUGGCCCUAGAGGAGUCAAGCUCAAGGGGUGCCCCAAUGAGCCAAACUUUGGAUCCCUCUCUGCCCUGGUCUACCAGCACUCCAUCAUCCCACUGGCUCUGCCCUGCAAGCUGGUCAUUCCAAACCGAGAUCCCACAGAUGAAUCGAAAGAUAGCUCAGGCCCUGCCAACUCAACCACUGACCUGUUGAAGCAAGGGGCAGCCUGUAACGUGCUCUUCGUCAACUCUGUGGAUAUGGAGUCACUCACUGGGCCACAGGCCAUCUCCAAAGCCACUUCUGAGACACUGGCUGCUGACCCCACGCCGGCUGCCACCAUUGUUCACUUCAAAGUUUCUGCCCAGGGAAUUACACUGACUGACAACCAGAGGAAGCUCUUCUUCAGACGACACUACCCCCUCAACACUGUCACUUUCUGUGACCUGGAUCCACAGGAGAGAAAGUGGAUGAAGACGGAGGGAGGGGCCCCUGCUAAGCUCUUCGGCUUUGUGGCCCGGAAGCAGGGCAGCACCACGGACAACGCCUGCCACCUCUUCGCUGAGCUUGACCCUAACCAGCCUGCUUCCGCCAUUGUCAACUUUGUCUCCAAGGUCAUGCUGAGUGCUGGCCAGAAGAGAUGAACCCACCCCUUGCCUGGGGCCAGGGCAGUGGGGAUGGGGCAUGUGGGGGCGGGGAGACCCAUGAAUCCUGACCACCUUUAAAUCCAGAAGGAGGACUUUGGGCUAAUUUUGGAGAAGGAGAGAAGAAAGUGCAAUGUGGGGAGAGGGAAGUGAAUCGCAGAGGGGAGGGGGAGAGCGGGAGAGAAAGAAAGAAAAAGAUGGAGGAGGAUUACUGGGAUUCCUUUGGUUAGAUGGAUACUACGUAACCCCAAAGCCUCCCAAACUAACCAGGUCCACCUAACUCUCCCUCACCCUCCCAGAAGACAGAGUUUCUCAAAGGAGGCAGAACGGACCUCCUUGGGGAUCCAUGUUUUGAGGGGAAUGGAAAAGCUCUGUCUCCCUAGCCCUGCUUUGCAAGGAGAAAUCAAGUUGAGAGAAUCUUUUUCCGGCGAUCUCUAGGGUAGAUUGCCAAACCAAAAAGAGCCAGCAUGGGACGUCAAGGGGCAGGACUUUUGUUUUUGAAGGUAACUCAGACCCGAGGCACCUAAGGUCUCUUUGCUCUGUCUCCGAUGUAUAGUUCAUGUGGGUAUAUAUGUAGGGUGUGUAUAUGUCCACACCCACAUCCUCACACACUGAUUUAUAUUUGCCUCUCAGCUCGCAUUAUAAACAGGUGUACUUGUCCGUGUCCAUGCGUUUGCACACACGUGCAUAUCGUCCAAAGAAGGUUAGAGUUGGGGUGACACAGCAGAGGAAGGGGACAUCAGCCCUUCUCCCCAGGAGCACCCAGGAAUAUGGGUAACAGACUCUGUCUCGGUCCCUGCACCUGCAGCCUAGUAGCCCUGGGUGCCAGCAGGAGCGGGGCCGGCCACCUGCAGCAUCCCUGUUCUGCCUUGGCCAGGAGGCAGGAGCACUGAUGUGAGGAGAUGGGGGACACGAAUGCCCAUCGCCUUGGGGAAGAGAUCCGUCAGCCGUGGUGGCUGCAGAGCUCCGGGCAUCUCUCCUGAGGCGUGUGGCCCAGCGGUGAGGUGGCUGGGUCGCUCCUGCCAGUCCCAGGCCUCAGCCCGUCCUUGGGUGCCCCGCCCAGACCAGCCUUAUCUCAGACUUGCUUAUCUGCAUGGUGUCUUAUUGGGUGCUGGAGAUUGAGCCUUCCUGCUCUGCCCUGCCCUGCUCUGUCCUGCAGGGUCCCCGUGUUGGGCUCAUCCAGGGGAUCCUGCUUCUAAGAGUCCUGCUCAGCGAGGCCCGGGGGAGACUCCUGUCGUCCUUGUACCCCCGUCUGCAAGUGUUUUGGGGCCCGACUUUUGCUGGGCUGUCCAGGUGACUUAGUAGAGCUCUGGGGGCUGCUACCUGUACACCACAUGGCCUACCUACAAUACCAAAGCCUUGCUGUUCCCCCUUCUGCCUUGGUUUCCCCAGCAGAGCCAAGCUGCUCGUGAGUGGAGGGCAGAAGGCACACAUUUAGGCCAAAGGGCAGUUGGGAACCCCUCAACCUCCACCCAAGGACUCUAAGCUGGAAUGGAAAGUCUACCAGGAUUCCAUUCUUGAGGGGUUUCUUAAGCCUCUGGGGGUCCCCUAGAGAGAGGCAUUGUAUUGAUAUAUAAAUAUAUAUAAUAUAUAUGUGAGACAUACUGACAGAAUCUGUAAGCUAAUAAAAUAUAAGAAAAGGUUAAAAAAAGAAUAGGUAAAUUGACAAGAAGUAUUUAUUAUUUUCCCAUAUUGCUUUAUUGCCUCCCUGGGCGUAAACCAAUUCCCAUCCCUCUUGAUAUGUUUAAGUGAAGCCUGAAAUGUGGGGACCUUUUUCUUUGGAGCAAUCAGGGGUCUCCUUGCCCUGGCCUUGACCUUCCCCAGACUCUGUCUGGGGCUCAGCGGGGAGGGGUGCACGUGUUCCACCCCCUUUGGCCCCCUUAUUUUCUGGCAAGCCCAGGACUCAGCCAUCAGCUCCCGAGAUGAGAAGAGAGCUGUCUGCUUACUGCGGCUCCGGCCCCAGCGGGCCGGCGGGGGACAUGCGUGUUUGUGGCUGGCUUGGGCAAUGUGUGCAUCUUUUGUAUUUUUUUCUCCUCCGAGAAGCUGUGUCUGUGUGGGCCUUCUGUUUCAGGAGAGUGUCUAUAGAGUGUCUAAAGUGGGGGCAGCCCCCACUUCCCAAAGAUUGAAACCUUGUGCUUGGUGACCAGGCUCCUCCACAGUGCUCUUCCUUCUGAGGGCGUUCAAGCCAGAUAUCCGGAAUUCCCUCUCCUCAGUCCCUCCUACCCCGACUCUCUUCCCAGGUGGGAGAUAUCCUGCCUCCUCCCUUUGUACAUAUCUUACCCUCCCACGGGACAGCCCGGGGACACUCUCCUGGUCUGGAUGUCCUCGCCACACUUGAGGCCGGGUGGCGUGUGAGACCGUUCUGCGGACCCAGGCCUGGGGUCAGCCUUCUCACGUGCUUUCCCACUGCCCACCACGGCCCAUCUCCCAGGCACGGCCAGAGCACCCCACCCAGGCCUGAGCUGAGUGUGACCCUUGGGGUGCCAGGAAGCUGAUCGACUCACUCCCUGCUGUUGCUUUGGAAGGAGUCGAUUUCCUGGAGCUUGGCCUUUCCGGAAGAAUGAUGGGGAAGGGCACCUCAGUCUCCACGGUAGCCCCCCACUUUGGGUCAGACACUGGUUGGGAAGACACUGUAGCCCUCCCAUGUCUCACAGGUUAGGCCUGUGCACCCAUGCGUGCACACACACACACACACACACGCACACACGCACACAUGCGCGCACACACACACACCCCCCACAGCACUGCAGUAUAUUCUUGCCAAAGAUUUCCUUUAAAAGAAAGCACUUUUAAUAAUUGUUUUUAUCGUGUAAAUGUUUAUCCGUAUCUCUCCUCCUCCUCCAACAGUUUUGCUGUUUUUUGUUGACUCUGUUUGUCAGCCAGGAGAGGGCUGUCUGGUCUUGAGAAGAGGCUGGGGAGUCAGGGGUGGGAAAGGGUCUGGGGGAAGUUGGCAAGAAAGAGCAGAGGAGACAUGGUCAGCUUGAGACACAGCGAUGCAGCCCCAGGCAGGCUCCGGCCCCAGCCCCAGCCCCAGCCCCAGUUGGCAGGCCCUCCAAUUCCACAGGGGGAGAGGCCCAGUGAGGUCCACGUGGCUCUUCCCAGGUGGAACAAGAGGGGAGGACUGGGCAUGGGAACAAUGGAGAGGUGACCUCAGAGGGGAAAUGGGGAGGAAGUGAGCUGUUUAAUCAACUUCCAGGGUAACUGGAAUCGCCUGCCCCGCGAUCACCGAUCACCGCGUUUUGGCUCCCUCAUCUAGCCAGGUGUUUCAGGGACUGACACACUGUGUCCUCGGUUUCAGAAAGGCCUUUUGACCCCAGUCCUCAUUGGAGCCUCUCUCGCAGCAGCUAGCUACAAAAGCUUGUGGACUGCCAGGAUUCCUUCUCCACUGGGUUUUGAGGAGCCCCUGCGUGUGUCAGAGACUGGCAGGACAGGGGUAGUGGGGCCUGGUGGCCAUGUGAUCGUAAGAGGAGGUAGCCAGCUUGACAGGCGUGAUUCUUUCAUAAAGGGGCUCCCAGGAGGGAGAUGGAUAGGGCAUUCGUUUGCCCCAGGCUCCUCAUGCUGCCCAGGGGACACAGAGGAGUCUGCAGGUGAACGACAUAUGCCCCGGACAUUUGCCACCACCCUGCCUCCUGGUUUUUCCCAGCUUUAGGACCUGGGGAGAUCACGUGGGCCAAUACCUUAUCCAAAGACUGCCUCCUGUCCCUACAUCCCCCAUACUCGGGGUCCUUGGAGAGGUCAGAGGCGGAGCCCUGGGGUCACCCUUCACCCAGGUUCAUACCCUGGAAUCCUGAGACAGAGCCCCCUGGCCAGUGGUAACACAGGACGUGUGUGUGCACGUGCAAGUGUGGGUGUAUGUGUGUGCGUAUUAUGCUCAUUUCUGUCGGGAACUUAGGGGUUGGGUUGGAGGAGAUGGGCAAUAGAAUGUCAAGUUCAUUAUCACCCAGUGGCAAAAAGAAUCAAGAGGUGAGUCUAUAGGACACUGACUGGUAGAAACUCAGUAUUGGAGAUGGGGGUAUUAGCCACAAGGGGUGGGGUUCCUUUGUCCUCAGAUGUCCCCCAUGUUAGAUGACCUCUGUUUAUUUUCCACACUGGGCUCUUCCCAGCGGUGAGCAAUUGUAGAGGGAUGUCCCAAGUUUGUUUUCUAAUCACCGUUAAACAGUUUGAGACUCUCCUGUGUCUAUGUUUGGUGUGUGUGUGAGGAGCGCAUCUGUGUCCACAUGCUCCGUUUCCCCGUUUCUCUCCCCUCUCUGACAUGUCAUUCAAAACAAAUGUAAAAAAUUCCUUCCCACUCCCUACCCCACCCCUGCCUCCCAGGCCCUCUGCAGGAAAAACAGAAUAACCCCGCAUCCGCCCCGUCCCCUGGCUGUGUAUUUAUAUAGAUGGAAAUAUACUUUCUAUUUUGUAUCAUCGUGCCUAUAACCUCUGCCACCUUGUAUAAACCCUGAUGUAUGCUACUUAUCCUGGAUAUGAAUGUAUUGUACACUGAUGCUGUCUUACUCCUCCUGUACAGCUGCUUUGUUUCUUUGCGAUCCAUUGUAUGGCUUUAUAAACGACAAAGUGAAAGAAAAA